AUGACCAAGAAACCUCAAAUCCAUGUUUUCUUUGGAGCGCCACUUAUACCACCACAGCAAAAAGUAUCUCAGGAACCAAAUCCCUCGCAGGCCACUGACAGCCCAUGGAAAACCAUUCCCUUUUUGUCUGAUGGAUAUUCCUUAAAGCUCACUGCUGAAAAUGACCGGAGCAACCCUCCGGAGGAUCUCCAGGGCCUGGGCCCCGCGGAACUCUCUAAAGUUUCCUCCUCGGUGAACUCUGGGGAGGGCCAAUGGAGCCAUUCGGAAAAAUACUCAACGUGUGUGCCUGAAACGCAAAAUGUAGAAUCUCAGAAUACCACCGCCCCAGUGACAAGUGACACACCUGACUGCAUCGAUAAAAUGUCCACAACUGGGACUCUCGUCCGGCCUUCAAAUGAAGGAGAGGGCCGACAUCCUUUCACCGCAAGUAAGAAAACCGCCAGCCAACGGCAAGGAGAGAAAUCAAAUGCCUAUCCACCAAAGUCUCCUGUAGAAGAUGCAGAGCAAGAAAAUCCACAUCACGCUGAUAUUGCCAGUUUGGUCUCCAGUACAAAGCAGAUUAAUAUCCACCCAAAGACUACAGAAGCCAAUGCCAUGCCGUCAGACCAUCGUGAAACUCUAAGUCAUUGCCUGAGACUCUUUUUCCCAGAAACAAUAGAUGAGCCCAAAUCGAAGACAACGAAAAAUGAGGCGAGCCUUGAGGUUUCAACAGACGUUGAAUUUCUCAGUAUCAACACCUCAAGCCAGAUUGCCUUUCUGGCCCAAAGGCAGUCGGAAGGCCAACGUGGGAAUAAGGAGACCACAGACAUGAAGGACGUUGAUUCAAGAAUAAGUUGGAGGGAAAUGGAAGGAGUGGAAAAUCAUCUAGUUCAUCCCAAUGAUGGUUUUGCAGAAGAGCAAAACCAAGCAAACUCCCUGGAGCUUUUUAGUCCUGUGAAAGCUAGCGACCAGCCAAGCAAAGAAAGAUCGGAAGACUGUGGAGGAUCUUCAAAACUGUUUAGUACUCCUGAGAAACAAUCUUUAAAUGAAAUUUGUAUUGAAUCUUUUAGCUCGGGAAUACUUUUCUCCCAAUUAAAUGCCUUCCGUAGAGACUCUGUCAAAAGACCUCGGUCUUCUGAAGUUACUUUAGGUCACUGUAACCCUACAUCCAAAAUCUUCCAAGCAUCAAAGCGAGUUAGGUUAAUUUGUUCACCAACGGGUCUUACGUCAAAAGCAGAGCAGAAGAAAGUGUCUGAGUCGGGCAUGCUUCAGAAGAAGUCAUCGUUGCUUAAAAACUGUGUCCGCAAAAGCCAGAAGUAUAAUUGCUUGGUCACAGUGUUUCAUCCUUGUCACGUGAAGGAAAUUCAAGUAAAGGCAGGACCAGACUCUGGCUCCAAGGUUCCCGUGGCUACAAUUGUCGUUCUCGAUCAAUCGGAAAUUAAGAUGAAGGUCGUGCUGUGGAGAGCGGCUGCAUUCUGGGCACUAACAGUAUUUCCUGGGGAUAUAAUCUUACUGACAGAUGUCACUGUACAUGAGGACCAGUGGCUUGGGGAGACAGUGCUUCAGUCAACCUUUUCCAGCCAGUUAUUGAAUUUGGGAAGUUGUUCAUCCGUCCAGCCUAGUGAAUGUUCCAAUGUAGUGGAUGUAACUGUUCUCCGAGAUUUAUUGAAAUAUAUAUCUUCAAAGCAUUCCUACCUUAUCAGCCUUCCGAAAAGACAACCUCAAAAAUUGGGCAGUAUCCAGUACUUAGAUUUGGAUCGGGUCCAGCCAGACACAAUAGUACAUUCAAUCCUAAAAGUUCUCAGCAUCACUAUAUUGACAGAAGCCGUCUACAGUUACAGGGGACAGAAGCAAAGAAAAAUUGUUUUGACAGUGGAACAGGUCAGAGGUCAACACCGCCUGCUAAUUUUGUGGGGCUCAGGGACAGCCUGGUACCCCCAACUUCAAAAGAAACGGGAUCACAUUUGGGAAUUUAAAUAUCUCCUGGCUCAGUGCAGUUCUAUCUCAGGAGAAUUAGAAUUACAUACCACCCCGUGGUCCUCGUGUGAGUGCCUGUUUGACGACGAUAAAAGGGCAGUUGAAUUCAAAGCAAAAUUCCAACAAAAUGAAAGGAACAUUGUGAAGAUCUCAGACAUUUCAACCCACCUGGAGGAGAAGUGUUCAGGAGUGGUCCAAGUAAAAGCCCAAAUCUUAGAGUUGGCAUUCCCUGUUGCUUCUGCCCCGAACAGGCAGAUUGUCUUCAAUGCUCACAGUUCCUUGGAGAGUAUCCUGGCUUCUUUCCCUGAGAUAACAUAUUCAGGCUGUGGAAAAUGUGGGCUGGAACUGGAAACAGAUGAAAACAAGAUCUACAAGCAAUGUCUCCGCUGCCUGCCAUUUACCAUGGUGAAAACGUUCUAUAGACCGGCCCUGAUGACUGUUGUUGACGGACAGUAUAAGAUCUCCAUUCAUGUUGGAUCAGCGCUGAUGGAAAAGAUUCUUCUCAACAUUCCUCCUGAUUGGCUCAAAAGAGUCAUAGUGCAAUCCUCGGAUAUCACCUACGCCAUGGUCGCAGCCGACCUGUGUCACUCAUUGCUAGCAGCCGGAGAAACGGCUCAUGUCCUGGAAAUUCGGAGCAUGUUUUUCCUAGAUGAAAACAGCUACCCUUUGCAACAGGAUUUCCACCUGCAGGAUUUCCAUCCUGACCUCUGACCUCCUACUAAGACUGUGAGCACCGUGUCGGACAGGGAUUAUGUCCGACCCGAUUUACUUCUGUCUACCCCAGCGCAUUGAACGGUGCUUGAUUCAAAGUAACCACUAAAUACCAUAAUCAAAUACCUUUAAAGCAAAGAUCUCGGUCACGUUGUCCGAGAACCAAAGAAUCGAAUGACAAGCCAUCGGAGGAGGAACUUAAUGAAAUGAUUCGCCUUCGGAAGGCUUUUGAAACUGUGUCAUUUUUGACAUUUAACAGGAAUAAAAUGUAAUGAAUGAAAUCACAAGCUGCAAAAAUGAAGCACUCUAAAAGUUUGCGGCCACUUUUUAAAGUCAAUCGUACUCCCCUUUCUUCAUCCCCUAUUCCUCCAUUGGGAAACUCACAGCAAGUACUUAAUGAAUGUUAAUGGAUGCUAAUGAUAAUGUUUUCCUUCCAGAACCUUUUGUCUGGGGGCGGCAGACUUGGAGGUGUGCCACCCCGCUCAGUGCCUGAGACCAAAUUGAAUAAUUUCCUUGACCGUAACUAUAUACAGUACACAAUUACCUAUUAGACAUCAGCACACUUCCUGAGUAGAGUUUGGUGGUGGUUUGAAGAGCCAUAUGUUCAGAUCAGCUCAAGCCCCGUUUUUCUUGAAGAAAGAAAUUGAACAAUAAUGGAGGAAAUAGUACUAAGCAAAAUAGAAAAAGAGUCAUGCAAUCCGCUUAGUAGCUUGCUUCUUCCUGGGCUUAUGGAAUUAGUUUAUCUUGAAGCAGUCCAAAGCAUGUUCCAGUUGUGAGGAUUGAAGAAGAAAUUGGAGCUGCUUUUGUAACAAAAUCUAGAGUGAUUCCUAACCACUGGGUUGGGUGGCAGUUUGAAGAGGUGGAAGAAUUCUUUCUGUUACUGUUGCUUCCCAAAAGGCCCAGAUUCACAGUAGAAUGAACAAAUGUGUUGCAAUUUCAUCUUCUGCUCCAAGCCUUUCCCGAAUGGUUUUGCUCCUUUGGAAUUCUUUCCCCUUAUCGCUUAGCCUAAGGGCCUUCUAAGCAGCAGUUUAUCUCUUGGGAAGCUUAAAGGAGGUCCUUGAGGAGUGUUUGCUUUAUUGGCCCUGGUGCUUAUUAGCCAGGUGUAUUUUCUACAAGGAAAUAUGAGCUAAACCAUGAGCUCUAG